GUUUGUGACCUAAGAGAGAGAGAGACAGAGACCUGCACAGCACCGCACUGCACUGUAGUCCUCUGGUACCACCACACUGUACCCCUGUGCCUCAUCUUCAACUCAUCUUCACAAACACACCAUGAAGUUGUGUGUCCUAUUACUGGUGGUGGUGGUGUGUGCACCCCUGUGUGUGGCUCGCAGGCUCAGACGCUGUGAGGUGGCCAGGAUCUUCCAAUCCAAGGGCCUCGAUGGCUAUGGCGGCAACUCCAUUGGGAACUACAUGUGCAUGGCCUUCUGGGAGACCAAGUGGAAGAGCCACAAGGUGAGGUCAGCUGACGUGGGGAAGGACUACGGAAUAUUCCAGAUCAACAGCUACAAGUGGUGUGAGGACGGCACUGCAGGAGGAGAGAACCUCUGCAAAGUCAACUGUGUUGAGUUGCUGAAGGAUGACCUGAAGGCCUCCAUUGCUUGCCUCAAGGUCAUAGUGGACAAAGAGGGUCUGAAGGCUUGGGAUACCUGGUCCAAUUACUGCAAAGGUCGUAAGGUCACCCGCUGGGUGAGGGGGUGUGGCCUGACAAGGAAGAGGAGGGGCUAAAGAAGACGCUGUGGGUCGUGGAGCUACUGUAAGAGACACGUGAAUGGGUGUUGGCUCUGACCCCUAAUGCAAAUCACUAAUGCAAUGAAUGACAACAAAGGUCUGCAUUAUAAGUGCAUAUCAUGGCGUUUCAUUAAAACACAUAUUCAUUAAAACAGUUUCUUUACUGUAUAAA